AUGCCUCCAAAUAAGCGCAAGCACCGCAAAGAGAACCCAAAUGCCAUCGAGCCUUCACAAAAGCGAGUCAAAACCGAGACCUCUGCAGACGUCGAUGUCGAGCCCGCUCCCAAGCCCGCGAAGUUCGAGGGCGGGAAGAAAAAGGGCAAGCCUGCUCCCGCCAAGCCGCUCACGAAGAAGCAGCUCCUUUCCGACAAGUCGCUGUUCCCAGAGCAGCAAGACCGUAACAUCGAGGCCCCUCUCUACGAGUUACUGGGCAGCGAGGACCCCAAUGAGCGCCUUCAGGCCGCCGAUGUGAUCAUAUCCAAGCUGCUGGACAACGAUGGCGUCUCAGAGUCUACUCUCGACAGACAUCUUGAAAAGCGGCUAUUCAGAGGGCUCGCCAGCAGCAGGAAAGCGUCAAGAUUGGGUUUCAGCGUCGUGCUGACCGAGAUACUACAACAACUAUGGGGAGAGAAGGACCUCUGCGGCGACAAGUACCGAGGCCUGACGUUCGACUUCGUCCUGAACACACUUACAGAGAAGACAAAACCCGUUGGAAACAUCGCCGGCCAGGAAGAGAAGGAUCACUACUUUGGUCAGCUAUUUGGAAUAGAAUGCUUCGUACGGGCCAAAAUACUCUUCGACGAUGUCACGAGGUGGAACACGAUAUUGGCCUUGUUGAUCAAGCUGGCCAAGAAGAAGGUCUGGCUCAAGCCCCAAUGCACGUGGAUCAUCCUCCAAACAAUUCCUCAGAUGGAUCAGCAGAUCGCAGAGGAGACUCUGCGUAAGCUCGACGAGGCUGGAUGGGCCAAGACACCGGACGCAGUGGCAAUCACUGUUGUCUUUACGGAGAAGUUCCCGAAGAUCAAGCUGCCAUCGAAAUCGUGGCGAGACUUCCUGUCCUCCAAAUACCUCGGCGAGCUACCAGCUGUUUUGAAAGACAGCGGCAAGCAGGAAAGCAAGCAGGAAACCAAUGGCGACGAGCCAGCCCAGAAGCAAAAGCAGGCAAGCUGGACAGCGCAGUUGCAUUUCGUCUGGGAUAUUAUUCUUGCCCACUACGUCAAGCUGGCAUCUACAGAUCCCAAGAGUGCAUCUGAUCAGUUCAAGCAGUUCUGGAGCCGCGUGGUGGAUCAGGGCUUUUUCUCCAAAACCGUCUCGGAGCCUCAGAAGUUCACCGGUUUCAUGAUCUUCCAGAAGUUUCUCGAGGCCGGCAUUUCGCACCCUCACAUAACACAAAAUUUGUUCUCCCAGAACCUGCUGACCUGCUUGAUGAACCAGGCGGCGAAGCAGGACAGGUACCUCCAUCGGGCAGCCACCAAGGCCCUCAAGGCCAUAGAGCAGGCCGCGGACACAGACCGUAACCUAGUUCCCGUUAUAAUCCAGUUUCUCCUCGGCAAGCAAGGCGCGUACAAUUUCGACCAGCGGUCAAAUAGCAAGACCGUCGACAAAUUAUUGCACCUCACAAGACCUCAACACGCCGCAGAGGUUAUCGAGGCGUUGAGGCAGCUGGUUCUGAAAUCGGAGGGUGACGGUGCCGAGAACCAUAUCCUGGUCUAUGCGGAUUACCUGUUCCGGCUGGCCAGCAUCGUCCCAACAGAAGCUGAUGCGAAGAAUGCCAGCAAGGGAUCGGUGGGCGGACCGGCUCUGCAAGAGUUCGCGAGGCUCGCAUAUCCCAAAGCUGGCGAAACUGUUCCAGGACUGAGCGAGAAGACCACGCCAAUCCUGCGUCAGAAGCUUACCGCUGCGCUUGCCAAAUUCGUGAAGCGGCCCGAAGACUUUGCUGAGUUCUGCAAUGCCAUAAUGUUGAUCGACUCGAGCAGCGUCGACAUGGAUGAGGAGCUCCAGGCGGAGCUGCUCGAGGCCCUGGAGAAGCUGCAGCAGUUGACGAACCCGAAGCAGGCCAAGGGCCACAGGAGCAACGCCUACCAGGGCCUGGCCCUUCUCUACGCCGUUGCGAUUCUGCAGCUGUACAACGCGGAGCCCGAUGCCGUUGACAUCCUGCAUGAUCUGAGGCAAUGCCACGAGAAGUUGCUUAGCAAGCAGAACGGCGAGGACGGCGACGUGUCAACGCUACUUGUGGAGAUUCUGCUUGCCAUGGUCGCCCGCCCUUCGUCUCUGAUGCGGCAGACUGCAGACCGUGUCUUUGAGGCGUUCACAAGUCUCAUGACCGAAGAAGCUCUCAUCCUUUUGACAGACACUCUGGCAGCCAAGGAGGACGCAGAAGGUCUACGAGCUUUAUUCGACACGGACGCGGACAUGGAAGACGUAGAGGAAGGCGCUGGCCCUGACGAUGAGGACGAUGUAUCUGAGCUCGGUUCGGAUGUUGAGUUCGUUGACGCAGAGGAGACGCAGGACGCCGACGGGGAGUCGGGCAGUGGAGAAGAAGACGGCGACGACGGAGAAUCAGAAGAGGAGGACGACGAAGACGCGGAGGAGGAACUUAACGAAGACGAGGCCAAGCUCAAGGCACUGGAUGACGACCUCGCAAAGUUGCUCAACAGCCACCGGCUCGACAAGGACAAAGACGCCGCGUCAUCCGACGACGACUCGGACAUGAGCGACUCGGAGAUGAUAGCCCUCGACGAGCAGCUCUCCGCGGCGUUCAAGUCGCGCGUCAAGAACGGAAACAAGAAGAAGGAGAACAAGGAUGCCAAGGAGACAGUAGUCAACUUCAAGCACCGCACGCUGGACCUCCUGGGCAUCUUCGCUAGGAAGGAGGCCGCCAACCCGCUGGUGUACAAACUGCUCCUGCCGCUGCUGCAGAUGAUGCGCACCACCAAGACGAAGGACCUGGCAAGGAAGGCGGGCAACAUCAUCGCCGAGAUGUCCAAGGCGCAGCGAAAGGCCAAGGCCAGCGGCAGCAAGGAUGAGGAGAACGAGAAUCAAGGAGGCAAGGACGGCGACAAGGACGGCGACAAGGACGGCGACAAGGCCGGCUCGGAGGAGUACCUGACGGAGCAGACGCAACUGCUCGAGGCCAUCCACGAUGAGAUGUCCCACGACGAGUCUCACGCGUUCGCCAAGUCGGCGUCCAACGCGAGCCUCCUGGUGGCUGGGGACAUCCUGAGCAAGAACGUGGGCUACUUUCAGAUAAUAUGGGAGGCUUACGGUGGGCUCGCCAUGAAGUGGGCCAUGUACGGCGGAUUCCAGUUCUCCACCAUUAUCGCGGACUGGACGCAGUGGAUUCAGGCGCACCCUGCACUUGUAGCGAGGCGGAUGGACGCGGUGCCGGAAAAGGCAAAUGGCCCGACAGAUGCAGAUGGUGAGGAUGAGGACGAGGAAGACGAGGAAGACGACGAGUGA